AUGGAUGUUGGGGAAGACUCCACCGAGUUUUUGACGAAGCUACGGCCUUUUGUUCGCGAAUUCUUGAAGGAAGCCAGCAAGAUGUUCACAAUGUAUGCUUACACGAUGGGUAGCCGCGAUUACGCUAAAGCCCUUGUGGAGCUGAUUGAUCCCACGGGAGUGUAUUUCGAGGAUAGAGUGAUUACAAAAGAGGAUAAUCCAUAUGCGAAGACGCUUGAUUUGGUUUUGGCUGAGGAGCGUGGAGUGGUCAUUGUGGAUGAUACGGCUAGUGUUUGGACCCAUCAUAAGAGUAACCUUGUGGAGAUUAGCAAAUACAACUAUUUCAGAGACAAUGGACCACAAGGUUCAAAGCCUUACUCAGAGGAGAAGAGUGACGAGAGUGAAAGCGACGGUGGAUUAGCCAAUGUGCUGAAAUUACUCAAGGAAGUACACUCUGGAUUCUUCAGAGUCAAGAAGGAUCAGUUAGAGUCGCAGGAUGUGAGGUUGCUGCUAAAAGGUAUAAACUUCAAACUUGUCAAACAAGAUCCAUAA